AACUAUGAAUAGAAACAGCUACAGACUAACAGCUGUUUAUGUUGUUAUCGGCAUUAUCGGGAUAUUUCUAUUACAAUAUCUUAAAAACUCCAUUGCGUCCAGGGAAACAUUGUCUGCAAUGCAUCAGCAAUACAGCAAAUCAGCAAGUAAUAUCACAUUUUCUCUCAGCGCCUUGAUCGGCAAGACAGGAAAACAAAUGAAAAAUAUUUAUUUCUAUAAUCCCCAGUUUUUUCAUGUGUUUGGUGAUUGGAUUUUAGACACCUGGGGGACAGCUAAGAAAUUUGAAGGUUGCCCUGUAUCAGAUUGUAUUGUAACCAAGGGAAACAUAGCAAUGGACCAAAUAGAUGCCAUUAUAUUUAAGCCAAGAGACAUGGACCAAUGCCCACCAAGCAAACCGCCUGGACAAGUUUGGAUAUUUGCUGAAUUCGAGAGUCCUAGCUAUUUUUUUAAAACGAAAUGUUUUUAUGAUCUAAAGAAUAAAGUGAAUUGGACAAUGACAUAUCGGCGGGAUGCAGACUUUACUCUUGAGCAUGGCUACUUCAGAAAAAGCAAUCAACCGAAAUACAGCAACAAGGAUCUGGAUGAUAUUUUUGCAAGUAAAAGCAAGACGGCAGUGGUUUUCAUUAGCCAUUGUCCAGUAAAAAGUGAAAGAUUAAAAUUUGUCAAACUCCUGCAGUCCCAUGGUAUACAAGUUGACGUCUUUGGCUCAUGUGGAACAAUAUUGAAAGAGUGUGAUAAUAAACUUCGCUAUCAAGCAUGUUUCAACAUAUCAGGGAUUCUUCAACCUGAUUGCUUCAAUUUUGUUCUACCACAAUAUAAGUUUUACCUUUCGUUUGAAAAUUCUAUUUGUUUGGAUUACACAACAGAAAAAUCUCUUCAUCGUGUUAUGCAACAUCCGAUCAUACCAGUAAUACGCGAUGGCAGUAACACAUCCUUGUUACAUCCUCCUCAUUCCUACCUAAACACAGACGAUUACAAAUCUGUUAAAGAGCUUGCUGAGCAUAUGAAGAUGUUGGCUGACAACAAGACAGCUUACUUGGAAUAUUUCAAAUGGAAACAGCAUUACUAUUCGGAGGAUAUGUACUUGGAAUGGAACGCAGCAUUUUGCAGGAUAUGUGAAAGACUUCACAAUCCGGAAAAUUAUAGACGCAUUUAUGGUAACAUUGCAGCUUGGCACAUUUCACCAAGAGAACAAAAUGCAUGCAAAAACCCUACAGAUCUCAACCCAUGACAUCAACAUGCAAAACAUGUGUGUUAUAAUACAAAAGAUAUCAACCCGAAACUUCAACAUUAAAACCUCCAUGUUAAAAUUAGAAAUGAUAUCAACAAGUAACAUCAACACGAAAAACACGUGUGUUAUAAUACAAAGUAUAUCAACUAGUAACAUCAACACGAAAAACACGUGUGUUUUAAUACAAAGUAUAUCAACAAGUAACAUCAACACAAAAAACACGUGUGUUAUAAUACAAAGGAUUCAGCCUGUAACAUCAACAUGAAAAUCAUGUGUGAUUAUACAAAAGAUAUCAUCCUGCAACAUCAGCAUGAAACAACACGUGUUAUAAUACAGAGGAUACAGCCUGCAGCAUCAGCAUGAAAAAAACACGUGUGUUAUAAUAUAAAGGAUAUCAUCCUGCAACAUCAGCAUGAAAAAAAACACGUGUUAUAAUACAAAGGAUACAGCCUGUUACAUCAACACGAAAAACACGUGUGUUAUAAUACAAAGUAUAUCAUCCUGCAACAUCAGCAUGAAAAACACGUGUGUUAUAAUAGAAAGGAUAUCAACCUGUUACAUCAACAUGAAAAACACGUGUGUUAUAAUACAAAGGAUAUCAACCUGUUACAUCAACAUGAAAAACACGUGUUUUAUAAUACAAAGUAUAUCACCCUGUACACAUACAUUAUUAAGAAAGAGGACAAAAUUAAAAGUAACUGGAAUUUUAUUAAUGCAAUAAUUAAUCAGAAUAUAAAAUAUAAUUUACUCUAGUGUACCAUAUCAUAGCAAAUCACGCGCGCGGAGUAAUCUGCGACCAGUGGGUUAACUCUUACAGUGGUGUCUGCUUGUGUUCACAUUGUCGGUGUCAGGAUUAAAAAAAGUUGGACUUAACUAUGAAAUACAUGUAUUCAGUAGAUACAUGUAUCGUUCAGCAAUUAACAGAUAAGACAACAAGGAAAAAGAUAGGAAUUUCAUUUAAGCGAGGAUAUGUACAGAACAGUAGACUGACCUACUCUGCACGCCUUUCAUUUGUCAUUAUAAAACCAUAGAAACAGAAAAUCGGCGGGCACCGAUAGGACGUUGAUUAAAGCCAUAGAUAAAUGUCAGAAAACAAAAACUUACCAAUGGUUCUGUCUACGUCAUCAAAGGAGCCUGAAAUAUUGCCCACUCUAGAUUUGUGUAUUUGGACUUAUCCUAGCGUAUUCAUAUAGGUCACAGUCCCAACCAUAGUUUACGAUAUAUAAAUCAUAUUUCAGAAGUGCAUAUUUUUUAUGUUGUUUGUAGUUUUAUAAUACGGUAGAAUAUCUAUCUAUUUUCUUGCAUAAGUUUAUCUUAAUUUUGGAAAUUUAAGUAUUUAUCAUUUGUCAUACGGAUACUCCGGAUCCGGGUCCAUAGCGAGAGAAUUAGAAGUCGGAAAGAGAUUAUAUUCACACGUGUAAACGAUCGGACGUUUGUGUGCCCUUGAGUUGUAAAUGGGUUUUACGAGCGCAAAAUACAGUUUGCGGUAAGUAAGAUAAUGUUUCUUAUAACCAAUGUUUUGGUUUUAAAACCCUUUUUGAGUUUAUAUCUGAAGCGUAAACAUGUUAUAAUCUUAUCAUAAUGCGUACCCAUGAAUACAGUAUGUACAUAGGUCUGUGAAUGUAAUGUUUAUGACACUGAUAGAUUUAAGUAACUGAACCAUAAUAUCUGAUUCGAAUUGUUGCAUUUGCGGUAAUUCAUCACUUAUGUGUUAGAAUUACGAGUGUUUAACGAGUAUGUGUUCAGUUAUCGUAUUAGUUCAUCUAUAAUGUUUAACUAUUUAUUACAAUUUUACCAGUGAAAUAUCAAAUAUUAUUCAUUUUAUAAAAGUGAUAUUAUUCACUAAUGAAAAAUAUCACAUUUUCUGCUUUGACCAAUCAAAGCACUGCUUACAAACGACAGUUGGAGAACUGUAAAGCUGUCUCGGUAGAUUGUCUAUGAAAAUGUAAUAAACGGAAUAUCUAACAGAAUCUUUUAACACCAAUAUAUUUCACUCAUGCGGCUCAUAUUUUGAUAUUUUUUCACUCGCACUGCGCAUUCGUGAAAAACAUUAAAAUAUUAGCCCUACUCGUGAAAUACAUUUGGUAUCAGUAACCAUAGUUACCAAUCUUAUGUGGGCAACAUAAACACUGAGUAUUUGAUGUCCUGUGUGGGCAGAUGUUGGUGAGAUGUUAACUAUGGCAACUACUGGUGAGAUGUCCUUUGUGGGCAGCUAUAACUGUAUACAAAUAUGUGUAGGCAGCUUUUGAUGAGACAUCCUUUGUGGGCAAUCAUACACCAUACCUCCAUAUGUACUGUGUGGGCAGCUGUAUCUAUGCAGACCUUUGUAGGCAACUAUAUUUAUAUAUGUCCUGUGUGGAAAUCUGUACUCUCAUAUGCUCUGUGUGGGCAACUUUGAGCGGUCCUAUGUGGACAAAUACAUAUACGUGACUGGACAGCCUUUGCCAUGAGCGUACAAAUUUACUGUGUGGAUUAUACGGAUGUCACGCUAGCCGCCAUUGACCGAUUGCAGGAUAGAGACAUAGACUCUGUCAUAUCUGUGGAUUACAGACCACCCGAUUCAGUGUUGAGAGUGUAUGUAUAUGUAUAUUUAUGAUUGUAUAUAACUGUUUGGUAUGUGCAAUAUUAGUAAAUAAA